CUCAAAAUCACCGACACAUCCAUCAAUAACCUCGUCGCCAACAUCAGCAUUCCCGCACCAUCGCUGAACACGUGGUACGGCAACCACAAUGUCAGCAAGAGUACCUUCCAAAGCGUGUUUAGGUUCUCGGAUCCACACAAUCUUUUAGUCCCGUACACGCUAUGUCUUGGUCUGACGCUCGUUAUCGUCCUGCUUGGUUUGAAUGGUCUCAGACGAAAUGGCACAUCUGCGACGGAAGGUUGUUUCCUGCAGGUUAUAAUGACUACCAGCGGGGAGACCACGAUGCACCGAGCGGUCAAACAGAGGUCGGUGGGUGGUAUUCGCAAUGCACCAAAAGAGUUGUUGGAUCUGAAGGUCAAGUUUGGAGAGUUUGUGAAUGAGGGUGAGACGACUCUAGUGGAGAGACGUGGGUUCCGUACGUUGGAAGAGGUGAUUUCGUUUCAGAGGAAGCGG